ACGGAGCUGUGCGGGAGGGAGGGAGGGAGGGAGGCGGGAGCACCGGCGCGGCCCCGACAUCCCUGCGCAUCCCGCAGCCCCGCCGGGGAUGCCGCCGCCCGCCGGGCCCUGAGCGCCGGGACGCCGGCGGCUGCCGGCCCCGCUCCGCCGCCCUUCGCCCGGCCCGACCCCGCCGGAGCCGCCGCCGCCGCCGCCGUCGCCGGCUCAGCCCGCCGGGAAGAUGGAGGUUGUGGAGGCCAGCACCCUUCAGCAGGAGAGGCUGCAGGCCAUCGCGGAGAAGCGGAAACGUCAGACGGAGAUCGAGAACAAAAGGCGGCAGCUCGAGGACGACAGGCGGCAGCUGCAGCAUCUCAAGUCCAAGGCUCUGCGGGAGAGAUGGCUGCUGGAGGGGGCCCCCACCUCAGCCUCCGAGGAGGACGAGGCCAUGAAGAAGCAGAUGCAGGAGGAUGAGGUGAAGACCAAGGAGCUGGAGGAAACCAUCCAGAGGCUGGAGAAGGAGCUGGAGACGCUGGAGAACGGCAGCUCAGCGGCUUCCACCAAGGAGAACCUGGCGGAGGUGGCGGCGCCGGCCAAGGAGGAGAAGGUGGAGGCCGUCCCCAACACGCAGAAGAGUCCCCUGGGCACAGUCAAGGCCGAGAAGAAGGUCUCCAGCAGCCCCAUGAAGGCGGUGGAAGGCACUGACAUGAUGAAGGCAGCCAUGUACUCGGUGGAGAUCACGGUGGAGAAGGACAGAGUGACUGGGGAGACCAAGGUCCUGUCCAGCACCACCCUGCUCCCCCAGAACCACUGUCUGCAGGGGGUCAAGGUGUACGAGGAUGAGCUGAAAGUGGUGCAUGCGGUGAGCGCCGAGGACGGGGCCCUGCAGAACGGCGCCCACCCCCUCAGCUCCUCCGAGGUCGACGAGCUGCUGCACAAGGCGGACGAGGCCACCCUGAGCGAAGCCGCCCCGGCCAAGGCGGGCGAGGAGGCCGGCAGCGCCCCGGCCAGCCAGAAGGCGACGCCGCGGCGGGAGAUCGUGGGGCUGCAAGCCAAGCCGCGGGAAAGCCCGCCGGCCGGCGAGGGGACGGAGCCGAGCCGGGAGCAGCCCGUCACCAUGAUCUUCAUGGGCUACCAGAACGUGGAGGAUGAGGACGAGACCAAGAAGGUGCUGGGGCUGGAGGGCACCAUCAAGGCCGAGCUGGUGGUGAUCGAGGACGCCGAGAGCAAGCCGGAGCCGGCACGCAAGGACCACGCGCCGCCCAACGGCACCGCGCUGGAGCCCACGGCCACCCAGCCGUCGGGCGAGGAGAAGCCGGGUGCCAACGCCACGGACGCCAAGGAGGCCGAGCAGGAGACGGACGUGAAGAAGCAGCGCUGCAAGUGCUGCACGGUGAUGUGAGCCCCGCGCCGCCGCCGGAGCAGGCAGCCCCCGCCGAGCCCCCUCCGCCCCGGCCCCCGCCAGCCAGGCACGCCGCCCCGGCACGCCGGGCUCCCGCCCCCCACCGGACACGGACCCUCUUUCUGCAGCGCCGGGGACAUCCAACACGGCGUCUGCCAACCCGCCGCAGGCAGCACCGACCCGCGGCCCUGCUCGCCCCGUCCCCCCGCCCCGCGCCGCACCCCACCAGCGCUGCCCAGGAUAUUUAUUAGGGACACCCCCCCCCGGCCCCACAGCCCACGCCGGCGCCCUCCCAAUGCCGGAGACGUUCCCUCCUCUCACCGGCAACUUCCCACCCGCCGUCGGAGGACGGAGCCCGCCGGGCUGGGGGAUCGGAGGACGCCGCCGUGUCCGUAGAUGACUCCCAGGGAGCCGGCGGCCAGCGGGACCCGCGCUUGGCCCAGCCCACGGCGGGCACGGAGCCAGCCCCACGCCAGCCCCUCUCUCGGCGCCUCCAUCACCCGCUUCUCCUGCGGGGAACAGCCCUGGGGUGUCCCUCCCCGGGAGGGGAGCAUAGGGAUGGGGAUGGGGUGGGAGCUCCCGUGCGGCCCCUCAGCAGCGGGAGGGUGUCCCAGCACCGCGUCCCCCUCCUGCCUCUGCUGCCCGGUGGCGGCGGCUUUGCAGAGCCGCUUUCUGGGGCUGGGGGCCGCAGCAUCAGCUCCCCCAGGCGAGCGGGGCAGCCCAGUUCAGCCCAGGCACCAGGACUGGGAGCUGCCGGGGGUCCGGUGUUCCACGGUGGGUGUCCCCGAGGUGCUGUGUCCGUGCUGGGACGGCGAGCAGCUUUCCCCGCUCCCCCCACCCCGUGCCCCAGCCCUUCAGCGGGGAUUUCACCACCAGCACCAGCGUUUCCUCCCCACUGAGACCCGCUGGGGUGGGCGGGGGGGGCCCACGGUGGCACCCAUGGGUGCUGAGCCCUGCCCAAACCCUGGGUGCUCCUGCCGCAGCAGCUGACACAUCUCGCUGGCGUUGGGCACGUGGCUCCCGCUGAGCCCACCUCGGCGGGCUGGGGGCACGGUGCUGCCCUGCGUGGCACAGGGGCUGCCUCCGGGGGGGUUCCCAUGUCCCACCAGCGCUGUCCCAAACACUCCGGGGCUCAGAGCCCCGUGUGCCAGCCCUGGGCUGGGGUUGCUUUCGGUGCCCGGUGCCCCACGUCAGCCCCCCCCGAGCCAGCGGCGGCCGUGCAGCGGGGCUGGCAGUGCCCGGUGCUUGUGUCCCGCAGGCACAGGAGCUUUGGGCAGUGGCCCGGCCACCAGCCAGCGCAGCUCAGGAGUCCUGGACCGAGUGCGAGUGGGUCCCUGCUGCCGAGCGCGGCCGGGCAAGUCCCCAGGGAUGCCCUGAGCCCCCGGCACAGCGCGUGCAGAGCAGCCCUCCCGCUGCCCAGCCUGCCGGGACACGGGUGACAGAGCAGCCAGGGAUGGGGCUCAGCCCCCCAAGGCCUUCUUUGCUCCCCAGCCCCCUCGUGUGAGCAGUGACGCCCCCCUCCCUGACAUCCUCAUUGCCCCCAGUUACC